AACCCAAACAUCAAUACAACUCACAAUGCCUAAACAAAAGACGCCCAAAGGCGCUGCUGCUGCUGCAGCCUCUGAGGAGAUCACCGACCCUCGAUUCACGAACUUCACAACCGAUCCCCGCUUCCGCCUCCCCUCGAAAAAGCACACCCGGACAAAAAUUGACAAGCGGUUCUCGCGCAUGCUGAAGGAUGAAGAUUUCUCCAAUUCUGCGAAAGUUGACCGGUAUGGACGUAAACUAAGCAGUGGUGGGAAGAAGAAGGCGUUGGAGAGGUUAUAUGUGCCGGAUGAGGAGGGAAAGGAGGAGCAGGAUGGAGAUGUCGAGGUGGAGGAUGAUGAGGUUGUGGAGAAGGAAUUGGCGCGUGCGGAGGGAUAUGAUCCCGCACGUGGUGGAGGGUUCUCCUCCUCGGAAGAUGAAGACGAGGAAGGGGACGAAGAUGGAGGCGUCGAGCUUGAGGAAGCUGAAGAGGUAGAAUUUCCGGAUAUGCAGGUUGAACAAGCGGGCGUGGAGAUGGGCGAUAUUUCGUCGAGAUUUGCGGUCGUCAACCUGGAUUGGGAUAACAUCAAAUCGACAGAUCUUAUGGCUGUCUUCUCGAGCUUCGUUCGGCCUGGAGGGAAGAUACACAAGAUCUCGAUAUACCCUAGUGAAUUUGGCAAAGAGAGAAUGGAGCGUGAGGAACUGGAGGGGCCACCAAAAGAUAUAUUCGCACGCAAGCAAGAAGAAGAAUUUCCAGAGCCAGAUUCGGAAGACGAUAGCGAGGACGAUGAAGAGUUGGAUGAGAAAAUCAAGAAGGACUUGCAGAAGGAGGAUGGAGGCGAAGAUUUCGACAGCGCAGCAUUACGGCAAUACCAACUUGAGCGAUUACGAUAUUACUACGCAGUCGUAGUCUGUUCCGACGAGCAAACAGCACAAAAUAUCUACGAGUCAACAGAUGGCACCGAAUACCUCUCGUCAGCCAACUUCUUCGAUCUACGCUUCAUCCCAGACGGCACAGAAUUCGACGACAAGCCGAGAGACGAAUGCGAUGCCGUCCCCGCAGGCUACAAACCCACGGAAUUUGUCACCGAUGCCCUACAACACUCAAAGGUCAAGCUGACAUGGGACAUGGACCCCGAGGAAGCUACACGGAAAGACGCCAUCAAGCGUGCAUUCAGCGGUUCACGAGCAGAAAUCGGGGAGAACGACCUCCGUGCAUACCUUGGCAGCGAUUCUGAAGACGACGAGGAACCGGAAGCAGUGGAAGAGGAAACUCCACAAUUGAGCAAGAAAGAGUUGGCUAGGCAGAAGAUGCGUGCAGCUCUCGGCCUCUCCGAUGAACCUGUCAAGCCUUCGAAGAAGACCAAGGGACCGAUAGGAGAUAUGGAAAUUACAUUCGCCGCUGGCCUCUCCUCAAACGACAAAGGUAAAGGAAGUGUGUUUGAGAACGAGCCCUUCAAGGAAGAAACAACUGCCGAAGCAUAUAUCCGGAAAGAAAAAGAGCGCAAGGCACGAAGAAAAGAAAAGGCAAAAGCCAAGCGCGAAGGUCGCGAUCCCUCUGCUGAAGCCGACGAAGCAGAUCCUGCAGAGAAUGAAAAGGAAGAUUUGGGCUUCGAUGACCCAUUCUUCGCCACGGACGAGGUUAUCAAGGAGAAAGCUUCGAAAUCGCUUCGAAAAGAAGAAAGACUGAAGAAGAGGGAAGCCAAAGCCAAAGAAGCAGCAGCCCGCGCCUCGCAACGCGCAGAACUCGAACUCCUCAUGGUCGACAACAGCACCGAAACGCCUUCUCACCUGGAGCAUUUCGACAUUAAUGAAAUUGCCCGCGCUGAAAAAGCUAGGAGAAAGAAGGGGAAGAAGAAGGAUAUUGUGGAGGGAGGCAAGAGAGGGGGUUUGCAGGAAGGCUUUGAGAUCGAUGUUGGGGAUGAGCGAUUUAAGAAUUUAUACGAGAGCCAUGAGUUUGCGAUUGAUCCGAGUAAUCCCAAGUUUAAGGGGACGGAAGGGAUGAAGAGGUUGCUUGAGGAGGGGAGGAGGAAGCGGGGUGUGGAAGGGGAUAAUGAGGUUGAACUUGUCGAGAAAAAGAAGAGUAAGAAGCGCAAAGUUGAUAAGGAGGGGGAGGGAGAGGAGUUGAGUGGACUGGUGGAGAUGGUUAAGAAGAAGGCUAAGAGGUAGAGGGUGUACCAAUAGUGCCGUAGAAUGCAAUGCCUUUAUACGAAGCUCAAUGUUCUCACCUGUCGUGGUAUAUUCAAAUCUCGACAAAAUCCAAGUCCUUCUGUCGACAAUUAGAAUGUCCCAGAAGUCUUAAAUUAUACAACCACCAG